AUGAAUCCGUAUAAAGAGAAUGCUAAAUUAUCUUUGGAUUAACUGAUAGAAAAGAGAUGUGGAACAGGGAAAUAUUAAAUUUUGGCCUUAUCUAUUUUGGUUUUUAUUGAUUUAAAUGAUGGAUGUGAAUUGAUAUUGAUGAGCUUUCUUAUGCCCAUCUUAAAAACUGAGUGGCAAUUAACAAGCUUAUAAAUCUAAACCUUAACCAGCAUUUUUUAUUUGGGAAUGGUAUUAGGUUCUUUAUUGACUGGAUUUGUUGCAGAUCGAAAAGGCAGAUUAAAAUGUAUUUACUUAUCCUGCAUCAUAUAAUUUUUUAUGGCAAACAGCUUUUUGCUUUGUACAAAUUUUUAUCAUAUGAUUUUUGCAAGAUUAGGAUAUGGUUUUGUUUAUGGAUUUUCAAUUCCUUUAACUACAACUAUGAUAUCUGAAAUUACAGCACCUGAUGUAAGAGGAAGAUUUUUAAUUGUUAUAAAUUUCUUUGUAUCCGUUGGCAAAAUUUAUGCAUUUUUAUUGGCAUUUUUAUGUCUUGAGAAUUUCAAUAGAGGACACUGGAGAUUAAUGAUGACUCUCAGUUCAACGACUUCUCUAAUAGUAGGCAUUUUGGCAUGGAUCUUUUUGAUGGAGAGUCCUCGAUAUUUGAUGGCUAGUGGUUAGGUAGUAGAGGGUUUAAAUAUCAUCGAAGAAAUUAUCCACAAAAAUGAAAACAAUAAAGGUCUAAUAAGUAGGAUAUUUAAAAGUGUAUAACCAGAAGUAUCAUCGGAUCCAUUUAAAGGAUCUAAAUAUGGGUAUAUUUCAGCCAAAGAGAGAAUAGCAAUAGAAAAAUGGGUAACUAAAGUAUUUCGUUCUGAAAAUAGAGGAACACUUAGAGAAUUAUUUAACAAAAAUAAUAAAAGCACAACCAUUCGAUUGUGGAUAAUAUGGUUUUGUAUUAAUUUUAUGUAUUUUGGAUAGUUACUGAUUUUACCAUUCAUUUUAGGAUCUAAAUAAAAAACAUUUGUUGACUACCUAACAACCGUUUUAGGUGAAAUUCCAUCAAUCAUUUUAUCAUUGCUAAUAGUAGAAAUUCCUUUUUUAGGAAGAAGGAACACAAUGGCAAUCUCAUUUUUUUUUGCAACAGUUAUGCAUGUUUGGUCUUAUUAUGCUUCUUGGCCAUAUUUUUUUGCCCGAUUUUUUAUGAAAGAAUGUUGGGCUAUGCUAUAUCCAUACUCUACAGAGAUAUUUCACACUUCAAAUAGGACUUUGGGAUUUGGGAGCAGUGCUGCUGUUGGAAGAAUAGGAGCUGCUAUUUCUCCCUAUAUUCUCAUACCCUUAUUUGAAUAGGAAUUACAUUUACCCUUUCUGGCUUUUGCUGUGAGUUCUGUUGUUUCUACAUUCGCUACAAUCACAUUACCAUAUGAUACAGUUGGUAAAUCAUUAGAUUUUUAAAAUUCGGAUGGAGAGGUUGAGAGUAAUAAAGAGGAUGAAAUUAAAGAAAUUAUGAUGGUUUUAAUUGAAAAGAAAAAUUAGAACUGA